AUGGCAGAUGCCAUCGAAGUCGGAGUCAUUACGUUCUUACUGCAGAAGGUGACAGAGGAAUGGCCAGAAGUGAAAGGCUGGGAGCUCAAUGCUUUAUCCACCAGCGUUUUUAGCACAAAGUUGCUUGGUAGUUGGAUUUGGGGCAGCUUAUCCGACCACUUGGGUCGGAGGCGCACCUUUUUGAUCGCCAAUGUCUUCCUUUUGACGACCGGGUGCUUGUCCGCUGCAGCUCCCUCGUAUUUUUGGCUUGUGCUGGCACGUGCAUUGGUUGGCCUAGCGAUCGGAGGAAUCAUUGUUCCUUUUGAUAACCUGGCAGAGAGCGUGCCAGAGAGAUUCUCUGGAAGUCUUUGCUUCGCUAUCGAGUAUUUUUGGACGUUAGGAACGCUCUACUCCAAUGGCUUAGCCGCUUUGGUCAUCGAGUCCUGCGGAUGGAGGAUAUACCUGCUCUUGAGUGCACUUCCCAUUUUCCUUGCUUGUAUCGGCUACUUCUUCUUGGAGGAGAGUCCCAUGUGGCUUCUUGAUCGAGGCUAUGAUUAUGAAGCCUGGCAAGUGCUGCAAAGGAUUGGUCACAUCAAUCGCAAGGACUUGAGUGGUAUGGCUUUGGUGUCCUACGCCAGAGAGGCGGAUCCUUCAUGCAAAGAACUGCUCGUUCCCUCGCUGCGGCGGAGUUUGGUCUCUUUGGGCAUUAUUUGGUGGUUGGGACUCUUCGGCUAUUACGGUGCGUCCUUGGGAAGUGGCCUGAUAUUCGAAACAUCAGGCUCCUUCGACUAUGGCGAGAUCAUUUUCGCGAGCCUCGGGGAGAUUUUGGGCGUCACCAUGGGCAUGUGCAUGUCCUGGCAGAUUCCGGUGACUGUGCUACAGCCCUGGUACUACCUGGUCAGCACUCUAGCCUGUAUUGCUGUCCUUGUAGCACAUGCUCUCAAAGGCUCCGCCCUGCUUCUUGGGGUCUUUGCCUUCAUUUUGCGAGCGGCCAGCAUGGGUGCCAUCUCAAUCACCUGGGUGCUCACACCGACGGCUUUCCCAACACACGUGCGCUCCACGGCCCAUAGCAUUUUGUAUGCUGCAGGAUCCUUAGGACCUGUUUGCGCGACACUCUGGCCAAAGAAUACACAGCUGGCUGUGAUCAUGGGAAGCUACGGUGCGGCAAACCUGGUUUGUGCCAUUGUCAGCCAGUGGCAGCGCAAAGGGCUGGCAGAGCGCGGAGCCUUCGAUUCCCUCAUCUCAGACCUCCAUGCCUCCAACUUGGAACGCCGCGCGCGCUCCUCCAUCACCCGCGACAGCCGUGCGUCACGGCCCACCUGGGCCAGCCGCCCCAGUUGGAUGAGCCGCCCCAGUUGGUCAGAGCGCAGCGGAUCGCAGCUGCUCCGCGAGUGA